GCGGCCGCGUGUCUGCGCAGCGGGCCCCGCCUUCCCCGCCCUCGGCGCCCGACGGCCCCGGGCGGCCCGACCCCGCGCAGGCGGGAGGCGGCCGCGAGGAGCCAGCGAGCGCGGGGCUUCCCGCGCGUCCGGGUCCCGCCGGCGCGCCCCGCGCUCCUCCGCCCGGCGAGCUCAGGUUCGUGAGUGGCGUUUUGGACAGGAUGCUUGGUGCCGGGAGCCCAGAGCCAGUUUGCUGAAUUACUGCCCCAGACCCUCGAGUCUCCAGGAAGGUCUGCGGGGGCCUCCCAGGGCCAGCCCAGGUGGAGGCAGCCCUGGAAGCCAUUUUCAGGAACUUUCGCCACAGGUGUAAAAGACUCCAGCCCUGCAAAGAUGCUGAAACAGAUACUGUCGGAGAUGUACAUAGAUCCGGAUCUGCUGGCAGAGCUCAGCGAAGAGCAGAAACAGAUCCUGUUCUUCAAGAUGCGGGAGGAGCAGGUCCGCCGAUGGAAAGAAAGAGAAGCAGCAAUGGAAAAACAAGAGUCCUUGCCAGUGAAACCCAGACCAAAGAAAGACAACGGCAAAUCGGUUCACUGGAAGCUGGGAGCCGACGAGGAAGUCUGGGUGUGGGUGAUGGGCGAGCACCACCUCGAUAAGCCCUACGACGAGCUCUGCAGCGAGAUCCUCGCCGAGCGGGCGCGGCUGAAGGCCGAGCAGGAGGCCCGCGAGGGCAGGAAAGCUCAGUCCGGAGAAUUCACCGGCAGCUUGAAACCAAAGUCACACUCCCCCGAAGUGCAGGCGCCACGUGACUGGGAGCCCCGAAGCGUGGGCGAGAAGGCGGCCAAAGAGGGGGCACCGGCGCGAGGCUGCAGGCCGGCUCCACCCCUAGCAGAGGAGAAAACUCCCUUGCCCUCCAGUACCUCAAGAAACAUUCAGCAGAUGUUGGCAGAUUCUAUCAGUCGCAUGAAGGAAUAUGGAUUUCACCAGAAGAAGGAAUCUGUGAAGAAAACACAAGAUGAAGAAAUAAAACAAACAGAUGAAGAGAAAACCAAGCAGAUUUAUAAGAGCUGGAAAGAAGAUACGGAGUGGCAGGCCUCUCUGCGAAAAUCCAAAGCAGCUGAUGAGAGGAGGCGCUCUCUGGCCAAACAGGCGCGGGAGGACUACAGGAGGCUGUCCCAGAGGGGGAGAGGCAGUGAGGGGCCGCAGAGCACCCCCGGUGGCCCCCAGAAACCCCGGAGGCCCCCCCUUCCACCCAAGCCUCAGUUCCUGAGCUCAGCAGGACACCCCUGCAAACCUCUCAGAAAUCAGGGAGUGGUGAGGCCAGCGUCCAGCUCGGCCCAGGAGGACAUCGUGCGCUGGUUCCGGGAGGAGCAGCUGCCGCUGCGGGCGGGCUACCUGGACGCCUCGGACAGCAUCGCGCCCUGGUUCCAUGGAAUUCUCACACUAAAGAGAGCGAAUGAGCUUCUGAGCACUUGCGUACCAGGCAGCUUUCUGAUCCGAGUCAGCGAGAGGAUCAAGGGCUACGCCCUGUCCUAUCUGUCCAAGGACGGCUGCAAACACUUCCUCAUAGACGCCUCCACGGACAUGUACAGCUUCCUGGGCGUGGACCAGCUGCAGCAUGCCAGCCUGGCCGAGCUGGUGGAGUACCACAAGGAGGAACCCAUCACCUCCCUGGGGAAGGAGCUCCUUCUGUACCCCUGUGGUCAGCAGCAAGAGCCGCCCGACUACCAGCAGCUGUUUGAGUGACAGCCUCGUCGUGCCAUGCUGCAGCCACCAGCUGGGCCGUCCUCUGGACAGACGUCGCGGAGAUGGACACGUGUGUGAGGCCACGUCACCCCGCCGCGAGCCAGUCCCGACCAAGUGAAAGGACCCUUGGGGUCCCGUGGCGGCCUCUCAUCUGCACAAAUGCUGGAGUGUAAUUAAUGCUGAGGGAACCGCCUGUACGUUGCACGCGCUCCAGCAGUAAAGGGUGAAGAGCCCCCAUGGCUGUAGCUCCUGACAUGAAGGCCACCACCCUGAUGAUGUGUGAAGUACGCCAAGAAGAAAUUGGAAGCUUUAGGAAUUCAGGGGCACCUCAAAACCAGAACUCUUCCAUGGCCUCUGCACUCCCUCUCUGCCUCAUCUCGGAAGCUCUCAGGUCCUGUUCACAUGGAGUUCCACGGGGGCUUCGGGGGCUGGCGAAGGCGCCUGCACUGGUGGCUGAGCCCACGGUCCCCGCACAUCUCACUUACUGUGUGUGUGGGGCCCGGGGUGUAAGACACACAGGGAACACAAGUUGAGGAUGUUGUGAACUGAAUGAGGAGUUUGAAGAUGUAGGAAGAGAGGCUUCCCCUGAACAGAAGUACUCCAGACGAGGCGGGAGGUGAGGGGCCCUGUGUGAGGGGUUCCCUGGCUCUGGGGGAUCGAGACAGGGCUCCACCCAGGACCACGCCGAGAAGGGUGAAGCCACACGUGUGUGUUAGCGGAUAGACAAGGGCAGAAGAGUGAGCUCUUUGGACACUACGUGUUGUGGGUUGAACUGUGUUCCCCAAAGACACGUUGAAGUCCUAACCCCCUGCACCUGUGAACGUGACUUUAUUUGGAAACAGGGUCUUUGCGGCUGUGAUCACGUUAGGAUGAGGUCAGGUCAGAUGAGGGCGGCCCCAGAGCCAACGACUGGCGUCCUUAUAAGGAGAGAGGGCUUUGGAAGCGGAGAUGCGUGUGCAGAGGAAAGGCAGCCAGGGGACAACAGAGGCAGAGCCCUGAGUGAUGAGCUGUGAGCCAGGGGACACCGGGGGAACCCGGGGGUGGGGGGGAGUGGUGGGGAGCAGACUCCCCAGGGCCCUGGAC